AAUCCACUCGGUAAAAAACAAAAUCAGAAGCCAACGCGCAAAGUGCACCAAAUUUUCCAUCCGCGAAAACCGAAGCCCAAAAAGUCUGAACAGAGAUCAACGGCGGGGAAGAAGCCGAUUUCAUUUUUGAAAAAAUUGUGGUUUCGCACGUGAUCACUGCCGCGGCCAGCCACGCGGAAUUGGAAUUUUCCGACAAAGCACCAACCCACUGAGUUGAGUCCUCAUUUUGACGAGUACCGAGAUCUCCUCUCUCUCUCUCUCUCUCUACAACUCUACAAUUCGAAGAGACUCUCUAAACGUCGCCGUUGCUGGGACAACUAGUUGUCUUGUGCUAUUCUUUUUGGCUAUCGUUCUCGCGGAAAUCCCGUCUCCUUUUGGCGGGAAAACUGUUGUCGCAUUUAGAAUAGGUGCUCCAUAGUAAAAGAAAGUGCGACAGCAAUGUUCAUGUGAUUGUAGGCGAACAAGAGAGUGGCCUGAGCUGGGAUUCAUACAUGUGUAGGGAGUACAUAAAUAUUCAGGGACAAUUUAUAUGUGUGUAGUAAAGCACAGAAGGAUAAAGUAGACGGGAAGCGAGGGAUGGGAUUAUCGGAGAAUUCCAAGGGCCUGAUUUUGGCCGUAGCGUCAAGCGCGUUCAUAGGAUCGAGUUUCAUUUUGAAGAAGAAAGGGCUCAAGCGAGCUGGUGCCACUGGUGCUCGAGCAGGAGUUGGAGGUUAUACCUACUUACAAGAGCCACUUUGGUGGGCAGGCAUGGUGACAAUGAUUGUUGGGGAGGUGGCAAAUUUUGUGGCUUAUGUUUAUGCUCCUGCUGUUCUUGUGACUCCACUUGGUGCAUUGAGUAUAAUUAUCAGUGCUGUUUUGGCACACUUCUUGUUGAAGGAAAAACUGCAGAAAUUGGGAGUUGUGGGAUGUGUCUCCUGUAUUGUGGGAUCAGUCGUGAUUGUUAUUCAUGCACCUCAAGAACACACUCCAAAUUCUAUAGAAGAAAUCUGGACUCUGGCAACUCAACCAGCCUUUCUAAUCUAUGUGGCAGCUACACUUUCUUUAGUUUUAGCUUUGAUUUUGCACUUUGAACCUCGCUAUGGCCAGACAAACGUAUUGGUUUACUUGGGAAUUUGUUCUUUAAUGGGUUCAAUAACAGUUGUGAGCAUAAAGGCGAUUGGAAUUGCAAUAAAGCUUACGUUGGAGGGGAUAAGCCAGAUGGCUUAUCCUCAGACUUGGUUUUUCAUCACAGUUGCUGCAAUAUGUGUCAUUACACAAUUAAAUUAUCUGAACAAGGCCUUGGAUACUUUCAAUGCUGCAAUUGUUUCUCCUGUAUAUUAUGUAAUGUUUACAACCCUUACUAUUGUUGCCAGUGUGAUAAUGUUUAAGGAUUGGUCGGGCCAAAAUGCAAGCAGUAUAGCCUCUGAGAUAUGUGGAUUCGUCACUGUCCUUUCAGGAACAAUUAUACUUCACGCAACAAGAGAACAAGAACAAUCUUCU